UUAUUUAUAAAGCAAAUGUAUUAAAUUACGGGUAACAGAAAUAGAAUAGUGUUUAGUAUAAAUCGUUGAAUUUGUUUUGAAUGGUUUUAGAGAGUGCAACCCACGUGCUUCCUUUACGACAAGAGAACUACCGUGGUGUGACUACGUUUCGUGUCCAGAGACUUAAAAAAUGCGUUACGUGGCCGCCUACCUAUUAGCUGCCCUUGCCGGCAAGAAUUCUCCAUCAGCCGCUGACAUAGAGAAAAUUCUCGGAAGUGUUGGUAUUGAAUGUGAGGCAGACAAAGUAAAGAAAAUUAUUGCAGAAUUGAAUGGGAAGAAGUUGGAAGACUUAAUUGCUGAAGGAUCCAAGAAGCUGGCCUCAGUUCCCAGUGGUGGUGGUGCUGCUGCCCCUGCUGCUGCUGCAGCUACUGGUGGUGGUGGAGCUCCAGCCGGUGGAGCUGCCCCAAAAGAAGAGAAGAAAGAAGAAAAGAAAAAAGCAGAGUCCGAGGAAUCUGAUGAUGACAUGGGCUUUGGACUAUUCGACUAAAUCUGUAAUGUCCCUCAAAAUGAGCUUUGUUAUACACUUUUUUUAGUGAAUAAAGUGCAAAAACAAA